AUGGGGGCGUCGGAGUCAAAGCUCGUCUUCAAGCAGGGCAUCUUCCGUCUCUCCGAAGAGAAGGAGAUCCCCGCGGACGACCCGUACUGGACACGAUUCUGGGAACUUCCCGAGUCUACAGAAGACAUCUUCAGCCUGUUCACGCCGGCCGACAUCCGCCGAACGCGCGAUCAUGCCUUAUGCAACUUCGAAACCCUGCUGUUAUCAGUCUCAUCUCGACUGAUAGUCCUCAAGAACCACCCCUCCUUUCCGGACCCAGAUCUUGCGCCUGAGCGUGAUGUGCUCAACUGUAUUCGGAUCCUCACUCGCCUCCUCCCCUUUGUCUACGAGGCUGAGUACUUGGAGAAGUGGGAAGAGCAGUUCUUCUGGUCGCUCGGACCAGCAGGAGCAGUUUCCCCCCACGAUGAGGAAUAUGAGGAUGUGAAGCCUCUAGCAGAAGAGCUGAUCGAUACGCUGCUGGACCUGCUCUUCUUCGCGGACUUCGGCAUCCCGGAGCUUCCGACAGCGAAGAGCAAAAUCUCGUACUCGAUCUGGCAGAGUGGUGUCGGCUGUAACACGGCGAUGGGUUCCAAUAAGAGCUUGGAGAACAAUCGGUGCGAGGUUCUCCGCUUACUGCUGACGAUGACGGGGAAGGCGAUGUACAUGCCGUCAAGCACAUUGCCCGUGCAAGGUGUCAAGGCAAUUACCUAUAUCACUACUCGCCAAGACAAGCAAUCCGUUUUGACGCUUCUAUGCUCUCUUCUUAAUACGGCCAUGAAAUAUAACCCCGCCGCAUGGCGAGUUCCCUAUGACCAUGUAGUGUGGAAAGAUCCCAAGCAAAUCCUGGUGAUUUAUUGCUUGCAAUUCCUCCUUGUCCUUCUUCUAUACCCCAUCCCGGAAGAUGGUCGCGGAGUUCCCCCAAAGAACUAUUACCGUCAUUACUUUGGGAGGUUGCAUAGACCUCAAGAUUUCCAAUUCCUUGUGGAUGGUAUGACCAGGAUCCUGAACCAGCCUAUGCAAGCCACGAGCUCCUAUCUUCCCGGUAGUCAGAGAUCGGUGAAGUGGGCUCCGGAGAUCUUGAUUCUCUUCUGGGAGACACUGCAAUGCAACAAACGAUUCCGGUCAUUCAUCAUCGAUUCCAAUCGAUCCCACGACUUUUUGAUCCUGUGCGUCUUCUAUGCUAUGGAAUAUAGGACGGAUGCAUCCAAACAAGGAGUGGUGCGACUCUGUAUCUUCAUUCUUCAGACGAUGAGCGCAGAGCCGAACUUUGGGAAGAGCCUGAAUAUGAAGUUUGAGGCACAGGAAACCUUGCCGCAAUCUAUCCGGCUCCUCAAGUUCCGCGGCAGUUAUGCUGACUAUCUUAUCAUGUCAAUCCAAACCCUUAUGACUACCAGCAAAGGAAAACUCGACACGGUUUAUCCCGCGCUACUUAUAAUCCUCACUAAUGUUGCCCCUCACAUCAAGCAUAUCUCACCGAGCACCUGUUCCAAGGUCAUGCAACUCUUUUCGUCAAUGUCUGCGCCAAGUUUCCUGCUGGCCAACGAGACUAAUCACACUCUUCUUGCGUCGCUACUUGACUUCAUCAACGCGAUUCUUGAGCAUGGCUUCACCGUCGUGCUCAUCAAUGCAGAAAACCCGUACUUGGUGUACUCGAUUCUGAAGUAUAAGGAGCGCUUUGAAGCCGUCCGAGCAUUCACCCUCGAAAGUGGACAGCAAGAAAUCGAGCGUCAGAGAGAAAAGCGGAAGGUCGGGGAUGCCCCUGGGGACUUGACUGCCAGCCCAACGCUUUCUCACUCCGAAGAAGACCUCCACCUUCCCUCUGGCGCUCGAUCGCCUCUGACACGGAUUCCUGAAGAGAACAGCGCGUUCGCCAUCGGCGAUGACGAUUCUGACGAUGAGGGGGAAGAAGGACAGCGCACGCCGUCGCAAUCCUCCCCAUCUGCUCAAACGUCGCGUCGACCCUCCUUUGCCUCGACUGCGGACGAGACCAGCUCUCAGAUCCGCGGCAUCUCUGAAAAGGCACGCGGCAAACUACCAGCUGGACGACCGUCUUUCUCGCGGCAGAACAGCAUGACCAGCCAGACCAGCAUGUCUGCUUUGUUCUCUGCAACCUCUGCUGGUUUCACGCCCACUGUAGCCUGGCUUGAAUCAUGGCUGCCGGAGCUUCCUCUACACACCAUCAUAACCCUCAUCUCCGCCAUUGCACCUCACAUCCCCGACGCUGCCCUUCAAGCCACCUCAAGCCCGGAAGCUCGUACUUUAAUUCACAAUCUGCCAUCCUUUGCUGAGGAGCCCCAAGUCAAAAGUAUACUCUCAGAACCAAACGCCGUGCGUGCCCAAUCCUUCGAAUGGUCGGCACUUUCCAUGGGCUGGUAUGAGUCCCUCCUCUGGGGCUUCAUUUUCUCUAGCGAGAUGGUAGUUGGUUCUGCUGCGGGCGCCACCCCAGGCACUGUUGGCGUCUGGAAUGGUACCGCGAUCCGGCUAUUCAAGGUACAAGAAGCAGCCGCUCAGGGUCCAACCUUGCUUGCCCCGAAGGGUGCGGUUGAUGCUGUUGGCAGCAAUCUAGUCCAGCGCAUUGGGAAUCUCAGCCUCCGAGGCCGCAGUUCGAUGUCACAGGAAUCAUCGAGCGGUGCUUCCCCGAGUGUAAGGGAAGUUUAG